UUUUUUUUAAWKKUUGUAGGCAUUGUAUAAUAUCUGUGUGUAUUGUUUUCAUAAUUGUUCUAACGAAACGUCGGAAAUAAUUUUUUUUUAAAUGUAUUCGAUUUCCGAUAUGAUUAAUCGACGUUUACGUGUUACACUGUAUUGAGGAUAAUUAUAUACAUUGUGUAGGCUUACAGUUUAAAUUAAAACACCUUGGUUCUCAUAUCUACCUUUUAAAAUGUCAAAUUAUUCAAAUAUUCCAAACUUACCAACAUAUUCUCAAUUCCGAGCUACGGAAACUUGGCAAGCAUUAGUCGACCAUUUCAGAAGUGGUAUGCCAUUAAAAUCACACCGAUAUCAACUUUGGUUUAGAGAUAACUGUUUCACGGGAUAUGAAGCAGUUGAUUGGAUGUUUAAUGAAGCAUCUUCUGGGAAAUUACAAUAUUUGUUUAAUAAAGGAGUUACACGUCAACAAAUAAUAGCAUUAAUGAAUAAAUUUUAUGAGGCUGAUAUUUUCAAAGCUGUAAGUUCAACAUCAACAAAAUUUAAGGAUAAGUCAGAAUUAUAUGAAUUUGCGUUACCAAAGACUAUGAAUAAAACAAUCAGUAAAGGAUCUGUAUUGUCAUCAUUGAAUGUAUUCCUCAUGAAUAAACCUMAAUCGUUGUCUCCUCAACCCAAGAGAAGUGAAAAAGUUAUUAGUAGUCAUAGAAUGAAGUCUUAUUCAAUGGAAAAUGUGGCAAUGAACACUUAUUUAAAUGAAAAUCAUAAAAUCGCUAAUUUCAUUAUACAAAAUUUGCAGAAUAUUUUAAAAAGUUUUAAUAUGGAUGAUUUUUUAAAUACUGAAAAUUUAAAUAAGCAGUGGAUAAUUAUGAAUAUUUAUAAUCAAGAUUAUAACGCUGAUGGCUUAUUUCCUCAAUGGGUGAAGUCUGCAAUGGAUAGUUUGACAUCUGAUCCGGAAAUGAAUGAGUGUACUUACCCUGGAUUUAAAGCCGAUGUUUACUCUGUAAUCAAGGAUUAUUUUUUAAACUCGGAGGAACCACUGAUUCCAAUAUCUUUUUAUGAAAUUUUUAUUUCUAUUUUGAUUGUGGUUGAAAGAUAUGAUCAUAUGUGCAAUAAGAAUGUAAAACAUAGAGAAAACAAUAAUUCAACUCAAUUAUCAUCAAACAUGUGCUGGGAAACUGAAUUUUCUAGCGAUCACUCUAAAAUGUGUAUUGUUAAUAAGUGUUUUGAUAUUUCCGGACACCAAGUUUCAUCCCUUUCCAGAUCUUCUGUCAGUAGCUGUAGCAGUACAUCAUUUUUUGAAUCAUGUGAAAUAGAACAAAGUAAAAUGGAACAUAAACCAUUAAAUAUUUCACAUAAAUAUUCAAAACCAAAGUUAACUCGAACAAUUAGUUCACCAGAAAUAUCUGUAAAAUCACUAUCAUAUUAUCAAAGAAAUAUGGAAAAAAUUAGAAAAAAGAAAUUUGGUCGCACUAUAUCUAAUAACUCAAUUUAUCCAAAAAAUUUAAAUGAACAUAAUGAGAGCUUCUAUUCAGACGAGUAUGGUUUCAAAAAUAAACCAUUGGAAAAUGAUAAAUUUGUUUGUCCAUCUACUUCUGGAUACGUUAAUUUUGGGCUUUUCCAGUCUGAAAAAAUAAGUAAUGAUGAUACUAAUGGAUUUGAUUUAGAUAUGGCAAUUUCUACUCUUCAUAAACUUAUUGAUAUAACGCAAAUGGACCACACACAAAUCCUUAAACACCAAUCGUUUAAUGGUAUGAUAAAAUAUUGAAAUUGCAUAAUAUAUUUUAAUAUAAAAUUUUUGUUGCUAAUGUCACAUUAUACAGGCAAUAUUAUUUUUACUUGUUUUUUUUUUCAGAUUACUGAUAAAUUAUGUUGUGCAGUAUUAAGACAAAAUAUUAAUCAAUUUGAAUAUGAUUGUUUAGCUACUGAUGUUGUCAAAUUUUUGCUUCACAGUCAAAAAUUAAUAUUUUUACCUAUUAAAACUGAUUCAAUUUUAUCAGAAAAGUUCAAUUUUUUUAGUAAUGAUGAUAAAUUAUUGAAGGAUAGUAUGCACUAUUGUUUAAGAAUAUCAGACAAAGAAUUUGAAAAACAAAGAAGUUCUGAAUCUAAAGAAGCCCUUAUUGAAUUGUUGGAUCAAAUUAUAAGUAGUACGUCAAUGUCUAAUAAAGAAAAGAGCAAACGUAUAAAAUUAUUUCAAAAAAUGUACCCUGAUGUAUAUGAAAAAAGAUCUACACUGUGCCUACAUUUAAGCAAGGAAUUAUAA